AUGACGUAGUGCAAAAGGCCAGAUUUGUUGUAAUUUUAGUGGUAUUUUCCAUUGGUCUUUACAGCAGAAAUCGAUUUUAGAUGGUAUCUUGAGGAAUAUAGGUAAUCUGAAUUGUAGUACCGAAGGGACCGUCAUUAAAUAUUAAGAAAAAAAGGAUCCCAACCCUCCUUAUCAAUGCAAAUGACUCUUUUGUGUGCAGCCACAGCUCCUGUCUGGAGCGGUGAGAUGGAUUUUUAAUUAUGUGUGACUAAAACAAACUGUGGCAAAGAUUUUAAAAGGGGAGAACCUCAGAAAAUAAGACACAUUUACGGUAAGUUGCUUUGCUUUGCUUUCAGUUUAAGACUCCCAUCCGCUAUAGCGCGACGAAAUGGCGAGAGGAAAGUCGUUUUUUUGUUAAUAUGCAAUGCUCUUAAUUAGCAUAAUUUAUAUAUUUAUGAUAAAGAGAGGGAAACACAUAAAAUACAGUCCCCAGGCAUGGAAUGGCGGGUGAUUUUGGUCGCAGCAUGUUUAAUGGGUAACAUCGUGUCCUCAAAUAAGUACACGGCGAUACUUUUAUUGCGGCUAGGUUGGGGGUGGUGUAUGGGGAUCAACACCUGCCGAAGUUUUGACAGAUCUAUAAUUUCUGUGUUGGGGUGUGCUGCGCGCCACUUAUCUUUUUGACGUUACGUUAAAAUAUUAGAAUCUCGAAUAGUUUUUUUCAGCUGUUAUCGUUCUAGAAAGCUAGAUGUUUGGGGAGACGCAGGAGGGCCUAUUUUCUAGGGCUAGGCCACUUAUGAUCAAGAAGCUGCCUAUUCAUGGUGCAUUAUUCAUAUGUUUAAUUUGACAUAAAGACGUUGCCUUUAUGAAAAAUCAAGUCAUACAGUCUAUUAUUACUGUGUGUGAGCGUGCACCCCUGUAGUCCCCAGUACAAGUAGGCCUACACUGUCCGGACUAAAUAUCCUAGUUGUGACUUCUAUUUCUAGUGCUCUCACUUUUGAGCCAUCAUUUGAUUAGUUGUUUUUAUACCCUUUAACUUAGUGAUGGGCAACUUUGAUGGGAGUGUGGGCCACUAAAAGAUACAUAUAUAUUUUGGUUCUUGUGGAAAUGUAUCCGCGGGCCUACAAAAGGGGUCCGCCAGUUGCCCAUCCCUGCUUUAACUACUACUAUAAACCAAAUUGUCAUGGCUACAGCUGCCUGCCUGCACAUCUGACCACCAUUUUAUUAGAUAAGCCUAUCAGACACUAAAUGUAGGAGGGUUAUUUGAACUAUUUGCUAUUGAACAGUCGUUUUUAGUAGCACUAAUGUCUACAACCUUUAUUUCAUAGAGUAUAUAGAAAAAGUAUCAGCACACCACAUAGAUGGAAAACACAAUUCACAUAGGCUAGCUUAAUACCUGGUAGUUUUGAUGGUACAGUAUUCUCCCGCCUUACUUAGAAUAUCAAGACAGUGACUGCUUGGUGGUGAGAGCACUGAACCAUGGACCCUCAGGAUCUCCCUGCUGCUGACACACCCCUCACUGUCAAUGAACAGGUACCACUAACCUCUCUGUCAACACUACCUGAUAUCAUGUUAGUAACACACCCCUGCCCAACUUUCCAAAAUCUAUGUUGCCUCUGCUUUAUAGUCUUCUGUCAUGAACUGUUGCCACCUCCAUGUCACCAUAUAUUUGGAAUGAUUAACCCCACACAGUCAUCUUGAGGUUGACAUACACACUAUAUAAAAAAGUAUGUGGACACCCCUUCAAAUGAGUGGAUUUGGCUAUUUCAGCCACACCCGUUGCUGACAGGUGUAUAAAGUCGAGCACACAGCCAUGCAAUCUCCAUAGACAAACAUUGGCAGUAGAAUGGCCUUACUGAAGAGCUCAGUGACUUUCAACGUGGCACCGGCAUAGGAUGCCACCUUUCCAACAAGUCAGUUCAUCAGAUUUCUGCCAUGCUAGAGCUGCCUCGGUCAACUGUAAGUGCUGUUAUUGUGAAGUGGAAACGUCUAGGGACAACAACGGCUCAGCCGCGAAGUGGUAGGCCACACAAACUCACAGAACGGGACCACCGAGUGCUAAAGCGCAAGCCUAAGAUCACCAUGCGCAAUGCCAAGCGUCAGCUGGAGUGGUGUAAAGCUCGCCGCCAUUGGACUCUGGAGCAGUAGAAAGCGUUCUCUGGGGUGAUGAAUCACGCUUCACCAUCUGGCAGUCCGACUGAUUAAUUUGGGUUUGGCGGAUGCCAGGAGAACGCUACCUGCCCGAAUGCAUGGUGCCAACCUUACAUUUUGGUGGAGGAGGAAUAAUGGUCUGGGUCUGUUUUUCAUGGUUCGGGCUAGGCCCCUUAGUUCCAGUGAAGGGAAAUCUUAACGCUACAGCAUACAAUGACAUUCUAGACGAUUCUGUGCUUCCAACAUUGUGGCAAUUUGGGGAAGGCCCUUUCCUGUUUCAGCAUGACAAUGCCCCCGUGCACAAAGCGAGGUCCAUACCGAAAUGGUUUGUCGAGAUCAGUGUGGAUGAACUUGACUGGCCUGCACAGAGCCCUGACCUCAACCCCAUCGAACACCUUUGGGAUGAAUUGGAAAACCGACUGCGAGCCAGGCCUAAUCGCCCAACAUCAGUGCCCGACCUCAGUAAUGCUCUCGUGGCUGAAUAGAAGCAAGUCCCCGCAGCAAUGUUCCAACAUCUAGUGGAAAGCCUUCCCAGAAGAGUGGAGGCUGUUAUAGCAGCAAAGUGGGGACCAACUCCAUAUGAAUGCCCAUGAUUUUGGAAUUAGAUGUUUGACGAGCAGGUGUCCACAUACUUUUGGCCAUGUAGUGUAGUUUGCCACUUAAUAUGUCAUCAAUUAAUACCGCUUCCGUAACACUUCUGAGUUUGCGCUACACUCUUUCAUGCUUAUUGAUUAAUUGUGUAUGUUCACUCCGGCUGUGUCCUUUACACUCAUAGUCAGCAAACUAAAGCAAUUUAUUUCUUGAAUUAUGAGAGGAGCUCUCAGAAAGCAUCGCUUGAGCUGCUUGUUGGCUGACACUCUUGUUGUAGUUUUGUUGAACUAAUGUUUUUUUUUCAUUUGUGUGCUUUUGUUUUGGUUCAUUGUGUCCUAACGUGUGUGCUUGGCCUCUCUGUUGUUCUCCUUAGCCAUUCACUGUCUGACUGCAGACAUAUUUUUUCAGCCAUUAGGUUCCUGCACUUUGAAAUUCCCUACCAAAAACAACCAGGUAUGCUUUCAGUCUUUCCUGCAUUGCACUGUCUCUCUGUCUGCACCUUGCCCUCCAGCUCAGGUUUUCUGUGCCUCUCCUUUACACCUUUCAUGGCUGCAUCCACGCAUGCAUCAUGUCUUUGCUUUGUUAUAUUUACUAAUAAUAUACAAAUAGGAUAAUUAGGAUAAGGCUAAUUACUGCUGUUACUCUGUUCCACAAGUAACCAAUAGACAUUGUCCUCUACCUGGGUUGUCUCAGUAGAUCGAGACCGAAUGGUAUGGCAACAUUUAGAUAAUUUUAAUGGAGUAACACUGAGCCUAGCCUGGAUGUAUAUGCCUUAUAAUUAUAUAAUUACUACAUGAUGACCUAUAUUCCUGGUCAUGGCUCGGAACAAAAACAUUUACGCUGCUGAGAAUAGAUGAUGAGUCAUUUAUUGUGUAGUUGCGUGACUUGUGCUUGUAUUCCAAUUAAGCUUCUCUCAGUAGGAGUGCUGGUCUAGGACCAGGUCUCUCAUUUCCAUGUAGUCUUAUUCAUAUGAUCUAAAAGGCAAAACGGAUCCUAGAUCAGCACCCCUACUCUGAGACACUUUUUGAAUACGAGCCCUUGUCUUGUGCUCCCCACUGCUGCACAGGUGAUAGUGAUGUCUGGUCAUGAGACCAUCCGUGUCCUGGAAGUGGAGGUAGAUCAAGCCUCUCUUCCAUCCUCAGUGCCUGAUGGGAGGACUGGUUUGGGGGGUGAGGAUGUGAGUAAUCAGGCUAUGCAACCUGAGGCAGGAACACAGGACAGCCCGCCAGCACCCCACAACACUGGGGGAGUAGGUGAGCCCUUUGUAGGAUACCGAUACGGUAGGUUAGACUCCAUGCAAUACAGGUUAAACUGCAUCUUGUUUAAUGCUGCAGUGUAAAAAUGUUUCACAAAUGUUUUAAGAGUGAUGUGGGGUGUGUGCUGAUGGUAGACAAACAGUGUGUUCUCUCUCUGUGCUGUCAGUGCUGGGGGAGCAGGUGGUGGCUGUGGAUUCUGCAGCCUCUGCUGUCCAGAAUCUUGCUCAGACUGCAGUUCCCAUCAGUGUAUCCCUGUCGCAGCCACAGGCCACCAUGCCCAUCACUGUGCAGAGCUUGCAGGGCUGUCAACAGGUGAGAACAAUUAAACUAAAAUACAUACUUUUUUUGUGUAAUGUGUGGUUCCUUCAUCUGCCAAUAAUUUUUAUCCUGUUUAUUUGUCACCCCUCUUCCUAAUAACCCCCUCCUCCUUCCCUGUAGGUCCUGACCCAGGAUGGUCUGGCCACUCUGAUGACAGGGAUGAUGGCCCAGACAGGCUCCCUGGGCCAGCCCCUGCUCAUCCCCCUCAGCAUGGCAGGGUCCAUGGGGGGCCAAGGCCUGGCUGUCCUCACCUUCCCCACCAGCAACGUAGCCACACUCCCUGGCCUUUCAGCUGCCAGCCAGUCCGGAGGCCUCCUCAAACUACCCUUUGCCGGCUUACAAGGCUUGCAAAGUAAGACAUGGCAGAGAUACACACCUCACAGAAUAUGUAUCUCUGCAUUAAUCCACAUUGAAUCAACAGUCAAUAAUUUUUUGGCUACCACAUGGGGACAGUGAGGCUUUAUCUGUAUGUGUUUGUGCUCUUCUUUCCCAGCAGCCACUGUGCUAAACCCUGUCCAGGCCCAGCAGACGGUUUUCCAGUCUCAGACAGCAUCACUACAGCAGGUCCAGGCAGCUAUGCAGCAGGCUCAGCAGAACACGCAGGUGACCGCAGCCCAACUGGCCCGAGCCAUGCCAGCCGUCUCUCAGCCCAGUGUGUCUGUGGCAACACUCCAUUCUGCAGGCCUCUCCAUCAACCCUGCCAUUGUAAGAAUGUGUUUCUGUAUUGUCAUGUAUGUGAGUUAACCUUUUACACUCGUGGAAAUUGGCCUACAGUAUAUGGAUAGGGCUACAUUUAAAUGUUUCUUCAAGAAUAAAUAUGAAAAGCAUAAGCAUGGGACAAUUUGUAGACCAAAGUUGAGGACACAACAGUUCACCUGACACAAGACUGAAUUCAAACACUACACUGUUGAUUUUAUGUGCAUUUCCUAAGUAAUUUCAAUGCACUUUCAGGACAUAGUCUUCAACUAUAAGGUGCUUUUAAAAAAUUGUUCCUAGCUGUGCCGUUGAGAAACUAGAGCAAGCAUACUUGUUUUGUUUGGAACACAACCCUGCAUCCCCGCCAUCACCGUUGUUCUUUACACAAUCCAAAGACAGACCAUUAUAAAUCGCAAUCUGGGUCAGGUGGGCAUCAUUCGAAAGCUUGUUCUAUUGCCAACAUGACUAAGUUAUAAAAUACGAUCUUACAGUGUAAGGCUUUCACAGGGCAAUUCAGAGAAACGGAUCGUAAUUUUGGUGCUCAUAGAAAGGAGUCGUGUGCAUUCAGGUGUGUGUUCUGCAGCAAAUUUUCUUCACAAUAGACAAACAGGCUCAUUCUGUUCAGAACAACCCAGGGUAUGACGCCAUGUCAUCUUGUGACUGUACAUCAAACAUAACAGUUGACACUGUAUAUGACAUGAGUUUUACACUCUUAGAAGAAAAGGUGCUUGGAAGAAAACCCUUUGAAGAACCCUUUUUGGUUGCAGGUAUAACCUUUUUGGUUCCAUGUAGAUCCCUUUCUACAGAGGGUUCUACAUGCAACCCAAAAUGGUUCUACCUGGAACCAAAAAGUGUUCUAUGGGGACAGCCGAUGAACCCUUUUGGAACCCUUUUCUAGGAGUGUAUGAUAUGGAAAUGUGAAGUGCUCAUUUGGACUCAUGGGUGUUUGGCUUGCUUGUAUGACAUCAAAGUGGUAUUUAUUAUAAUCCUCAACGUCUCAUCUUUCAAAAUACAUUGAGUCCUCUUAAUUUACAGCGUUUCUCUCACUCUGACAACAACAAAUGUGCAAAAGUUGCCCAAUUAGCGGGUGGAUCGGGGCAACGGUAGGCCGUCAUUGUAAAUAAGAAUUUGUUCUUAACUGACUUGCCUAGUUAAAUAAAAAAUAAAUCUAUAAACUUCUUGUCGCAUGCGGUGCUCAAGUUCAGAAUGGCUAUCAGUCAAAACCCAUAGAGAGCUGUGAAGCGCAGAGCCUGAACUCUGACUUAAUGUAUAGCAUAUUACUGUACAGCUACUGCGUUCUAAUUUCAAAUCUGCCAUUUCCAACCUGUAUACAGGUACGAGUGUAAAGGGUUAAUGUGAUGUGCGUGUAUUUGUUUUUCAUGUUUUUAACUUUAAAGUUUGGACAUAAGUCUGCAUAACUUGAGCAGAUGGUUUAACAUUGCCUUGUUGUUCAUCCACACUCUUGAAUAUAGUGUACCUUAUAUUCAAAAUGAUGACAUUAUCGAUAGUAGAACAAUAUGUUCUGGAUGCCUCCGUUUCAAUCCUCCCAGAUCAGUGCUGCAUCUCUAGGGGCUCAGCCUCAGUUCAUCAGCUCCCUUACAUCCACUCCCAUCAUCACCAGUGCCAUGUCUGGAAUCACCAGCCAGAUCAUCACCAACGCACAGGGACAGGUGGGUUACAGGACAAACAUAACCACCAAGCAAACAUGCUCACUAUUUUUCAAGGAUCAUAGUAACAAUCACACAAUUUCAACUAAUGUCUUAUGACUAUGUUGUUAUUAUAGAUUUAUAAACUUGUAUUUAUCUAUAAAGGUUAUAGUAUUAUGAUAAUCAGUUAAUAAACAACUUAUAAACUAUUUAUAAAUCCUUUUGUAUAGUGUUACUAAUAAGUAUAUGCCCUAAUUCUUUAAAUGUGGCAUCCAGGUGAUUGGAACCAUCCCCCUGAUGCUGAACCCUGCCUCACUGACAGGAGGGGCUGCUACUCAGGCUCUGAAUCUCCAGGGCUUUCAAGGCCUGCAGGUCCAGACAGUCCAGCCACAGCUGGUUCUGAACAACCAGGGCCAGAUCAUUGCCACCAUAGGGAAUGGACCUGCUACAGUCCCCACUUCUGCUGCGGUUAUUCCCAAGCCUAAUGUUCCUGUGACAUUCUCGAAGCCCAGCACCCAGGUACCCUUCUCCACCAAUUUUGUCCUUAUGAGUGCUCCAUCAGAAUUUCAGAAAAAUUGUAAAUGCUGUUUUUAUGGGGUGUUGGUCGAAAUUGGUUUAAAGUGAGAAUGGUGAGUCUUUGUUAUUGCCUUUUGGAUGUUACCAUUAAUCCAUUGCUGACAGAAAUUUCCCCUCAGGCUCAGGUAACAACUGUUACGCAGUCACCUGUGGUCAUCGCCCCACAACCGUCUGCAAUGAAGACAGUCACUCCAAUCUCCUCCUCAGUCCCUAUCACCUGUGGGGAGACACCCACUGUGGGCCAGCUCGUCAGCAGUACGUGGUUCACUUUUAUUUAUUUAUUAUUAAUUUAAUUUGAUCGUAUAUUUAACCAGGGAAGUCACAUUUGAGAUUUACAUAUUUUUCAAGGUAGCCGGGCCAAGAAAAAGCAGCAUCUUACAUUUUUUUACAUUUUACAUUUUAGUCAUUUAGCAGACGCUCUUAUCCAGAGCGACUUACAGUUAGUGAGUGCAUACAUUAUUAUUAUUAUUAUUUAUAUUUUUUUAUAUAUAUAUUUUAUUUAUUUUCAUACUGGCCCCCUGUGGGAAUCGAACCCACAACCCUGGCGUUGCAAACGCCAUGCUCUACCAACUGAGCUACAUCCCCAUCUUCUCUACAAUCAGAGAUAUUUUUACAAGUAGGUAGAUAUUUAUAUCUGGUUCGUCUAUUCCCCUCUUUAGAGCCACAGCAAGGGUGCACAGAUGAGGAGGGCAUUAAUCUGGAAGAGAUUCGAGAGUUUGCCAAGAACUUCAAGAUCCGCCGGCUGUCCCUGGGGCUGACGCAGACACAAGUGGGACAGGCCCUUACGGCUACAGAGGGACCGGCCUACAGCCAGUCUGCCAUCUGCAGGUAAACUCCUCUGGCCUACUGGGUGGGGGUGGUUGCAGGCAGCACAGUACAAGGUUUCUGAAAUCCUUUCUAUCAAAUAUGAUAAAUAGUGUAUGUUUGUAUGCUAUGGACAUUGUAGUUCUAGGGUUAUAUUUUGGAAGUCUUGAUACUAUAGUAGGAAUGUCACAGGAUAGUAGCUCUGACAGUUAAAUAAAGAUUAAAUGGGGUCAGGUACUCUGGUUGAUCAGAGGCUAUUGUGUUAUUAGUUUAUAAGUUGUUGCUUCUUGCAGGUUUGAGAAGCUGGACAUUACACCCAAGAGUGCUCAGAAGCUGAAGCCUGUGCUGGAGCGGUGGCUGGCUGAAGCAGAGCUGUGGAACCAGAAGGGUCAGCAGAAUUUGAUGGAGUUUGUGGGUGGUGAGCCAUCCAAGAAACGCAAGCGUCGCACCAGCUUCACCCCGCAGGCCAUCGAAGUGCUCAACACCUACUUUGAGAAGAAUGCCCUGCCAACGGGCCAGGAGAUUACGGAAAUCGCUAAGGAGCUCAACUACGACCGUGAGGUUGUGCGUGUAUGGUUCUGCAACAGGCGGCAGACACUGAAAAACACCAGCAAGAUCAAUGUGUUUCAAGUGCAGCCG